AUGAGCAGGCUACAGAGAGAUUUGGCAUUAUUACCCGAAGACCAGGGCAAACAUCGCAGAGAAGUUGCACAAGAUCCAUUUCAUGCUCGAGUCGAUUCAGACUUCAGUCAUCAACCCCCGGUUGAUAAAUGUUCCAUCACCUAUUUGGGAGAAACAUUUCCCCUAAACAUGAUUACGGGAAAUCAAAGUACAGAGAACAAGGAGUUCCUUCAUAGAACUGGACCCGCCGUGCAGAAGAUUGAAUCGAAAAUUAGCACACAGAGUCGAGGACACCCUACACACAUACAGCCAGAAGAGAUCACGUCUCUGAGCUCAAGAGGAAUGUUUGAAUAUCCCUCAGAACGCCUCAUGGAAGAGUUUAAACUGGUCUUCUUGGAACUGAUUUAUCCCCUCUAUCCUGUUGUCAAUCGAGAUAAAAUCGUCCAGCAACUAAGAACCAAAACGGUCCCGUGGAUUCUUUUACAUUCCUUUUGUUUCAUUGUGUCUACCUACUGCCCUGUGUCGGUCCUUGUCAAAGCCCAGUUCUCCAGCCGAUACGCAGCACGAGUCCACUACUACACCAAAGCUAAAGCCCUCUUCGACUGUGGCUAUGAAGUCGACAAAAUCACAACCCUGCGAAGUGUUUUCUUCCUCAGCUUCUGGAAUAGUUCACCAAGCGAUUAUUGGAACUUUUCCAGCUGGACCAGUACGGCGGUGAACGUCGCUGAAACCCUGGGCAUCCAUCGGUCAAUAGCCGGCGCUAAGAUGAAUGCCCAGGACAGAAGUCUUCGUCGUCGUCUUUGGUGGAUUCUGGUGAUCCGAGACUCUUCGUUCGCAACAGUCCUUGGUCGACCGUUCAGAAUUAACACGGACUCUUCGGACGCGAGACCGCUGGCCAUGGAGGAUUUUCAGCAUGAGAUUGAGAGUUCAGAUUUCGAGAGCGUUUCUCUUGGACAUGAGUUUGCCCUCUAUCAGAUACACUUGUCGAAAUUGUGCUUGAUUUCGCGACAAAUCUUAACCACACGGAAUCAGUCCACCGCCCAAACGCUGCAGGGCACGGUGCCGGAUUAUAACGUGAUCUUGAAAGCCUGGCGCAAGAAGCUGCCACCAGAGUUAGACUGGGUCGUCGACCAUCCCGGCACGAAUAUCUUCUCCUGGUCUCUAUCCAUCGUGUUUGAUCACAAUGUGAUUCUAGCAAAUGCAGAGCAAUUUUCGUCAGGAAUAGGAAAACAACCUUGUUUAAGCAGGCACGGAGCAGGUUGUGUUUGUGAUCGGGUCUGUCGUGGAAUAGAUUCUGCCGCUCGAAGAAUCCUCACUCAGGCGUGCAAGAUCAUGCGAAUGUCAGCCCAGUUUUCUGUGCUCCACGAGAUAUUCCCAGGCCUCUUCGCCGCCGAGGCAGUCUUCUUAUCGCAAGCAAAGAGCCACCAACCCGGGAGAACCUUACUUGGCAGCCUAUCUCUCACCACUUGCCAGUUGAUCUGGAAAAGUGCCGAGGAGGUUUGGAAACCUGCCCGCUGGAUUAUGGACCUGUUUGAUGCUCUGAUAUCUGACAUGCCGCUUGGGGACUUGUGCUGCUUUGAGACUGUCGAAAAUACCGACCAUUGUCCGGCUUUGACUGAUCAGUCUGCGUGUCAAAUUCCCAGAAAUGUCGAGAAUGACUCAUGGCAAAAUCAGUCGACUCUACCAGAGCCCUCAGCCUUGGAAAUUUCCUCCGAUGGUGUGCAAUUCUCGGAGCCCGAAGAUGCCUACUUGUUUCCUUGUUCACCCCAACCGGAGACUAUCGAUACUACACCUUUCAGUGACAUGUGUUUCACCUAA